GGAGCAGCGGCGGGUCAUUUCCGCAGUGCUGUUUCACUGUGAGGUGGAAGAACUUCAGCCAUGGCGUUUUAAUACCGGUUAUAACUCCUGUUCACUCCCCCCUAUGAGCGGGCUGUAGUUGCGGGGUGUCUCUGGGCUGUGAGAGGAAGAGGAUGAUGGUGAUGAUGAUGGAUCAGUGUGUGUGUCAGAUCCUCCAGGUCGCUGCAGCUCUGCUCCUGCUCCUCUUACUCCUGGUUAUUGUAAUUGCCCACGUUACAGCCAGCAUGGUGGACCAGACGCGUGCAGAGCAGGAGAAAUAUUUUCUGACAGCUUCAGGAAACAAGGAGCCAUUCCCUAGUCUGUUUGACCCCCAUUCAAGAGAGCUGUCUGUAGUAGUGCCGUCCUACAACGAGGAGUCCAGAUUACCUGUUAUGAUGGAAGAAGCCAUGCAGUAUUUAGAGAAAAGACAGAAGAAGAGUUCAUCAUUCACCUAUGAAGUCGUAAUAGUUGAUGAUGGCAGCAAAGACAAAACUACUGAGGUUGCCUUAGGGUACACAAAGAAGUACGGAGCAGACAAAGUGCGGGUACUGACGCUACAGAAGAACCGUGGUAAAGGAGGUGCUGUGCGGAUGGGCACGCUGAGCUCUCGUGGCCGUCUCAUUCUGAUGGCGGAUGCUGAUGGUGCCACAAAAUUUGAAGAUCUUGAGAAGGUGGAGGCUGGAUUAGAAAACAUCAGCCCAAAGCCGGAGAACAUGGCUAUCGCCUGUGGCUCCAGGGCUCACCUGGAACAAGAAUCGGUUGCUCAGCGCUCCUUCUUCCGAACAGUUCUGAUGUAUGGGUUCCACUUCCUGGUGUGGUUCUUCUGUGUGAAGGGGAUCAAGGACACACAGUGUGGGUUUAAGCUCUUUACUCGUGAAGCUGCUCUGAGGACCUUCAGCAGUCUGCAUGUGGAGCGCUGGGCGUUUGAUGUGGAGCUCCUGUACGUAGCUCAGUGCUUACAAAUACCUAUAGCUGAAGUGGCGGUCAACUGGACAGAGAUUGAAGGGUCAAAGCUGGUGCCGUUUUGGAGCUGGCUACAGAUGGGUCGAGAUCUAGUCUUCAUUAGACUACGUUACAUCACUGGUGCCUGGAAACUGGAGUCCCCCAAAAAAACCCAGUAGCCUUUGCUGCAGUUGGCUUGUGCAUGCACAUGCAGUGGAUCAUAGAACACCCAUGCCAUCCCCACAGCUGGCAGACAGCGGCACAGUUUGCAUCAUAGUGACCAAGAAUACCACGCUUUGUGUCAAACUGUGUAUUAAUCUGAUAUUUUUAUUAUGUCACGAUUUUGCCCAGGUGUACUGUAAUUUUUUCCAUACAUUUUUGCUGGGAGGGUCCUGAAUGAUGUGUAUAGAUUUUCAUUUAAAGAACACUUAAAAGUGUUCAGCCAAAUAAAUGAACAUUUAAUAUA